AUGCAUCUCAUUUGGGAAAAUGUCAUCAAGAACCUUAUCUUGCUUUGGACUGGCGAAUUCAAAGGCCUGGAUGCUGGUUCCGAGGAUUAUGAGAUUGCGGAAAGUGUCUGGAACGCUGUAUGCCAGGCAGGUGCUGAUUCCGGAUCUUUUAUACCCUCGGCAUAUGGUGCUCGACCACCUAAUCCAGCCACCGAACGGAGUAUGUGCACUGCCGACUCGUGGUCAUUUUGGAUGCAAUACCUUGGCCCUGUUCUCUUGUACCGAAAGUUCUCAAAGCCAAAGUACUAUAAGCACUUUUUGAAGCUUGUUCACGUGGUCCGGGUUUGUCUGCAGUUUGAACUGUCAAAAACUGAUGUCGAUGAUUUGCGAACGGGGUUUGCUACUUGGGUUGAAGAAUUUGAAGUAAUUUACUACCAACACAACCCGGAACGUCUCUCAACAUGCCCCAUCACCAUACAUGCACUUCUGCACAUAGCAGAUAGUAUCGAAGAGGCUGGACCAGUAUGGACUAGUUGGGCAUUUCCUAUGGAGAGAUUUUGCGGGCAGAUGCAACCAGCAAUCACUAGCAAACGUUACCCCGAUGCAUGCAUGGCUCGUUACAUUAUCGAACAUGCCCAACUGACACAAGCAGCACUUAUUCAUGGUUUCACCGAAGCUAUCACACUGCAACCAUCUCGGUCAGGAGACAUAGCUGGCCAUUUCAAGCACAAGUCAUAUCCAUCAUGUAUACUCUUGCCUCCACGGAGAACAACCAGCGUGAUGCCACUCGAGUCGGUAAUGCUCACGCGGAUCUUCAAGGCCCUCGCUACUCGGUUUGAUGUAUCAUUGGCAAUUGUUCGUCAGCAUAUCGAAGCAGUGUCUAUUGAGCAAUGGGGCAAGGUCCAACGACUUGAUGGUGGUGACACAAUGCUUGCAGCAGGGCUUACAUCACACCAGCGUGAUUCACGAGAUGCAACAUUCGUGCGAUAUGAGACUCUUGUGGACAAAUAUGCCCAUCGACGCAACCUACCACCCACUUACGAGAAACAAACAUUCUACGGACGUCUACAUCAUAUUUUUGUCGUUCUCGUUCCACAUACUCCGGCACUCAAAGUUGAUGGGCCAACAACCAUUUUCCUCGCUGCAUUGUCAACAUGCAAACUCGAACCCACCCCUUCAAGCCUGUCUUCCCUCGACAUUCACUUUUACAGCAACCUCAAUGAUACCUUAGAUAUUGUGGAUAUUGUUUGCUUGCAAUGUCUCGUCGGCCGUGUCCCUAUUGAUAUCGAUGGAGGACGGAAGUGGGCAAUCAUUGACCGAAGUGGAAAUCUCGCUCGUGCAGUUUUUGAGGAUUGACUUCAGCAGACUAGUAACAUUGUUCUCGGUGUAUGAUAAGUACUUUUUAACUAACUCGAGGUAAAUUUUUCAUCUCGAGCAACUGAGCCUUACAUUCUGCAUCACACCGUUCUUUCUCUGCCUUCCAUCGAGCCUCAAUGAGAUUGAUGAUAAAGUCUGCCGACACCUCGAGAACGUUAUCCUUCGCGCCGGAUGAUUCGUUCGGCUCGAGCUCAGCCUGGACUGCAAGCAAUGCAAGAUAUUCGGCAGCUGUGGAGAUCAUGAUCAGGACAUAUACACGAGGCAUGAAGAUGGAGGAGGAAUACAAAAUUCAGGAGGGUCAUUUGGGUUGUCGGGGAUCUUGAGGCGGCGAAACAGAGCUCGAGGCUUGCGUGGUCUGGUGAAAGGUGGUGACUCAGGGCGUGCACUUGGGAUCGAGAGUCAGAGAAACUGCG